AUGUUAUUAAAAAAGAGUAGGACCUUUAUAUUUAACUUGAAGCGUUGUAGGUAUUUCUGUGAUAAUAAAAAUUAUAUAAACAAUAAUUACUUAAAUUAUGUGCAGGUGGAUAAUGAUAUUGAUGAUGAAAAGAACAAUGACAAAAAUAACUUAAAAGAAAAAAUAAAUAUAAAUAACAAAAAUGUAUCUUAUAAUUUCCAAAAUGUUAAACAAGCACCAUCAUCAUUGUCACACAAGGACAAUAAACAUACAGAGGAUCAAUAUCCAUUAAGCAAUAGAGAGAAUAAAUUGAAAAACUGCUCAAAUAAAACAAAAAAUUACAUGAUUAAUGAAAAAUUGAAUAUUUCUUAUGAUUUUGAUUAUCGUGGUAUUGAAAAAAAAAAUAAACACUUAAACCCUCGUUCAAACAAUAAGACAACUGAAGAAUGUGAAAAGGGAAUUGAUACAGACAGACUUCAGUCUGAUUAUAAAAGGGGAAAAGAGGGAGAAACUAUAAAAAAAAAAAAAAAAAACAUAAAAAAUAUUGAAAGUUAUUAUGAUUAUAGUAAUAAUAAUAAUGAUAACAACGAUAUUGAUAACAACGAUAUUGAUAACAACGAUAUUGAUAACAACGAUAUUAAUAACAACAAUAUUGAUAAUAAUGAUAAUACCGAAGAGAACAAUGGAAGCAGUUUACGUAAUCCUCAUAACUUAAACAUUUCAAUGAAUUCGAAUGAAGUAAAAAAAAAAAAAAAAAGUAACAAUGAGGAAGAACUUACGUUUAAACAUGAACAUGCCUUUGAUAAUACAAAUGAUGGAAAUGAAGAAAAAGUAUGGACUGACACAAAUACUGAUUUUAUGGCCAACAAUCAGAAUGAUUCAAAUGAUAAUUCUCAAACCAAAAACAGGAAUAAUCCAAAUGACGAUUUUUUAAAUAUGAAGAAAGAAGAGGAAGGUCAUAAUUCAAAUGAACAUGACUGUUCAGAAAAUUUUUCCAGAAAAAAAAAUUCCGAAUUUUUGAAUCAAGAGGAAACAAACAAUGCUUUCAAUACAUCAAAUGAGAAUUCAGAAAAUUGGUUAGAAAAUGAAGAAGAUAUACCAAACGUUUUUGAAGUGGAUGAAAAUUUAAGUGAAGAAGAAAAAAAAGAAAAACUUAAAUUAAUAAAAUUAAUUACUGAAAAGUUAGCUGGACCACUGAAAUCAAAUAAUGAAAAUAAUCCAAAAGGUGAAGUAACUGCUAAAGGUGAAGGAGAACCAAAAAACGAAGGGGAAUCAAUUUUUGCUGAUAAUCGUCCCAUAGCAAUAGAAGUAGACGGGCCCUCGCACUUUUACGCAAACAGUAACAGAUAUACCACAUACACAAAAUUAAAGCAUAGAAUUCUAACCAAAUUAGGUUACAACGUUAUUCACAUAAGUUACAUUGACUGGAGAAAAUUAAGGAACAAAAGCGAAAGGGAAGAAUUUAUUUUAAAGAAACUAAAAGAAAAGAAUGAUGAAUUUUUAGAUGAUAACGAUAGAAUAUAUUAUAACGAGAGAAUGAACAUGAUUAAAGAAGAUUAUAUGAAGUACAUGAAAGAAAAAAAGGAAGGUAGUAAUUAA